AUGUCAGAAAAACCGAUAUCUCUGUCACUAGAUGGCAGUCUAAUUCGACAGAGAGCAUCUACCAAUGACGGGGACUCAAAAAAGGUGAAGAUUAUCGACAAACAAUCGGUGGAGUACAUCGUGCGCUCAGGAAUAGCCGGUGGAGUGGCUGGCAGUGCCGCCAAAACCCUCAUUGCUCCUCUUGAUCGAAUAAAGAUUUUAUUUCAAACGUCAAAUCCAGACUUUUUGAAGUAUCGAGGCACGUUCUCCGGCUUCUACAUGGCUGGGAAAUCAAUAUGGAAAAACGAUGGAAUUCUUGGCCUUUUUCAAGGACACUCAGUAACUUUAUUACGAAUGUUUCCAUAUGCUGCUAUCAAAUUUGUGAGUUACGAGCAAAUAAGAGCAAUAUUGAUACCACAUGAUGCAUACGAGACGGGAUUUCGUCGGUUCAUGACCGGUUCACUUUCUGGGUUGGGAUCGGUGUUUUUGACUUAUCCAUUGGAUUUGAUCAGAAUAAGAAUGGCAUUCGAAACAAAACAUGUUCAUACACGGGGCCACAACCACUUGACCCUUCGUCGUGGUAAACUUAUCUGUACGAUCCAAGACAUAUUUGCUGAGAUUCCAGCUAGGAGAGCCAAUGAUCCAAAAUGGUUAAAGUUCAUGAGAAAUACACUUCCACAACCACUCGUUUCCAUUUCGAACUUUUAUAGAGGUUUCGCCCCCACUAUCCUUGGCAUGAUACCAUACGCUGGGGUAUCAUUCUUCACUCAUGACCUCAUUCAUGACAUUUUCCGUUCUCGUUAUUUGGCUAGCUGGGCUGUUCUGGGAUCUUCAGACAAAUCUUCCAAUAUAAUUCGAAAAUCCUCGAACAAAAACGAGGUGAAUUCGAGAGAUUCAAGGAAACCACUCCGAGCCUAUGCCCAGUUGAUAGCUGGUGGACUUGCAGGAAUGUGUUCUCAAACUGCGGCAUACCCAUUUGAGGUGAUUCGUAGAAGAAUGCAGGUGGGAGGUGCAAUCAACCAGGGACAAUUUCUUUCGUUUAAAGAAACGACUCGGUUGAUUUUCCGGGAGAGUGGAUUGAAAGGAUAUUUUGUUGGAUUGACGAUUGGAUACAUGAAAGUGAUUCCCAUGGUGGCAUGCUCAUUUUUUGUAUAUGAGCGGAGCAAAGCAUUCUUGGGGAUUUGA